CCGUCGCUCUGACUGACGCGCUUUAGCAGCCUCGCGCGUGUAUGCUAGCCAGGAGCCAACCGGGCGCGACGCUCCGCCAACUUUUUCAUUUCAAAUACGAAAGACAAUGACGACACCCCGGCGGGCCCCUUUCAAUCGCACACCGACGUGACGGCGUCAAAAGGGGACAACUCGAAGAUGGAGAAGGAGGGCAGAGUGACACCUGCUGAGCCGCCUUGUCACUCGGGGAGGAGAACCGAGUCAGCUGAGCGACAAGGCAGCGGCUCGAACCGUCAUGUGACCCGACCGAACCCCCCGCGCCUGUCCCAGCACGGGCCGAAAGGAGAAGGCGCACCAAGUCGAGGCGGCUCUGCGCUCCUUUCUUGUGCUACGGUCAACGGGAGCAAAAGUGCACGCACCAAGCAGUCGGGCGGAGGCCUGAAGUGGAGCCCACCGUCAGACGUGAUUGGCAUUGACUCGUCCUGGAGAGCCAAGUCCUUUCAGGCUCCCUCGGCGACAACAAAGAGCAAUGACCCCCGCGCGCAAAGCUGCAUUGCGGCGAACGACUCGGCGGACGCGCAGAGACGAGCAACGGCUUGGAGGGACUCCAGAUCAGCAAAGACGCCGACGCCCGCUCGGGCCGACUUGGCCCAGUUUGAGGUGAAAAUGUCGGACUUUCCGCAACUGGACGCCGGCCCCCCGCGCGCUCGCGAAGAGAGCCGGGGGCCGAAAGCCACGGCCGAGGGACGCCGGCCUGCCUCGGAGUCCAACUCUCCGUGGCCAGAUCAGCAGAAAGCCGCGGGAGGAUCCCGGAUUCCGCCCGAGUCCCGACAAAGUGACGGCGGCACCGCCGCAAACCGGCCGCCCGCGGCUACUUUGUGGGCCAAGGUCGCUUCUCAGCCGCCGAAAGAAAACGUGCGGACGCCCAAGGAAACGGCCGCGCGGCUGCCGGAAGAGGCGACGGCGGCGGGCAGGAAAAAGCGGAAGAAAAAGAAGGCGGCGAAAGAAGCCGAUGGCGGCGCGGAAGCUGAGCCAUCGACGCUCCGGCAGGAGCCGCCAAAGUUUGAGGAUGAAGAGGAGUUUCCCGGUCUGGCCCCGGCUGCGACUCGGUCCGUUCGACUGGCAAGCGGUAGAAAGACGGAAAGCCGUCAAGAUGCCGCCCAAACGCCACCCUCUGAGGCAGAAAAGAAAGGACAGAAGAUCUCCGGGAAGAAGAGCAAAGCUCCCGUGCAGCUGGACAUCGGCAACAUGCUGUCUGUCCUGGAGGACAAGCACAAGUCUCAGAAAGUCAAGCACAACAUCAUCGCAGUGGGCGGAGGACUUCCCGUCAUCCACAAGCAAGUGGCGCUCCAGAAGCGGACGCCCCGGCAGCAGGACAAAAUCGCCCACAACCCGCUGGACUCCACCAGCCCGCUGGUGAAGAAAGGCAAGCAGAGGGAGGUGCCCAAAGCCAAGAAACCCACGGCUCUCAAGAAGGUCAUCCUCAAAGAAAGAGAAGAGCGCAAGCAGCGACGUUUGCUGGAGGAAACGGCGGUGUCGCCUCAACGCCAUUCCGCGGUUGCCGCUCAUGCGGCAGAAGACGAGCGCUGCGACGCCGAGCUGACAGCCGAGGCCGUCUGUGCCGUUUCGGCCGGAGACGAGCAGCCACCAAACGAAAGCGGCGACGAGCGGCGCAGCCUCCCGCGGGACUCGGCCGUCCCGGACGGACCCAAAAUCCACAGCAGGAAGUUCAGAGAGUACUGCAGCCAGAUGCUGAGCAAAGACGUGGACCAGUGCGCGAGCUCGCUGCUGAAGGAGCUGGUCCGCUUCCAGGACCGCCUCUACCAGAAGGACCCCAUGAAGGCCCGCAUGAAGCGGCGAGUGGUGAUGGGCCUGCGGGAGGUCCUCAAGCACCUCAAGCUCCACAAGGUCAAGUGCGUCAUCAUCUCGCCCAACUGCGAGCGCGUCCAGUCCAAAGGGGGCCUGGACGAGGCGCUGCACAAAAUCAUCGAGACGUGCCGGCAACAGGAGGUGCCGUUCGUCUUCGCCCUCUCCCGCAGGGCGCUGGGGCGCUGCGUCAACAAGAUCGUGCCCGUCAGCCUGGUGGGCAUCUUCAACUACGACGGCGCGCAGGACUACUAUCAUCAGAUGAUCGAGUUGUCGUCGGAGGCCAGGCGGGCGUACGAGGAGAUGCUGGCGAGCGCCGAGCGCGACGUCCUCGACCUCUCCGAAGAGCCGGACUCUCGCGAGCCGGGAUACGGCCAGCCGUGGAGGAAGCUGCUCGAGAAGGAGUCGGACGAGUCGUUGAACUUUGAUGCGUGGCCGGAUGAAGACAAAAAUGAAGAUGACCAGACUUGACGGUGGUGACUGCGCUGAGGCUCUUCCCCAAGUAAGAGAGGAUUUCUUGGAACGGGCACAGCGUUCUUGCUCUUUGCUUGGAGGGGGGGGGGGGGGGGGGGGGGUUUGUUCAAGGCCGAGCUCUUUUCAUUCAUUAAUGUCAAAAGAAAAAGAAAAAAAGGAGCGGUAGAAGAUCCAACCUGAGAUCCCUGGCGGUGCGCGAGAGCAAUCAGUAAAUAUUCUUUUUUCUGGUUGACCCAGUCACCGAUUUUUAAUUUUUUUUUUUUUUUUUGGCGCCUCAAAGCGUCAGGGUUUUCCCCUGAGGGCACAAACGCCAUCCAUUUUUCCUCCUGAAAUGCCAGAAGCGAAGAGGUCGCGACACCUUUCUGCCGAUCUAUGAACUUGCGGGAAAUGGCCUCCUCGUAGAGAGACACGCUUCGUCUUUCAAUAUCAUUUCACCAAUCCCCAAAAUCGAGCAUUAUUUGCCGCUGCUUUUCCUGGUCUCGACAACCAGGAGGCCGCUGCGCUUCUUUGAAUCGUUAUUUUGAGUUGACGAGUGUUCCUGUGUUAACUUUGACCUUGGGCGGACCAAAGCGCGCGCUGGCUUAGCCCCCGAAGGAAGCCGAUGACAAAAUGGUUUGACUACCACCGCAAAAAGAGAAACUUGAUUGUGAUUUGUAUUUGUUGUUUCAAACAAAAAAGGA